UGAGCUGCGCCGGCCGGAAACCCAGCAGGCGGCGAAGAUGGCGGAGAACAGCGGUCGCGCCGGCAAGAGCAGCGGGAGCGGCGCGGGGAAGGGGGCGGUGUCCGCAGAGCAGGUGAUUGCUGGCUUCAACCGCCUUCGGCAGGAACAGCGAGGCCUGGCAUCCAAAGCAGCUGAGUUGGAGAUGGAGUUGAAUGAGCACAGCCUAGUGAUCGAUACACUGAAGGAGGUAGAUGAAACUCGUAAGUGCUACCGCAUGGUUGGAGGAGUGCUGGUGGAGCGAACUGUCAAAGAGGUGCUGCCGGCUUUGGAGAACAACAAGGAGCAGAUACAGAAGAUCAUUGAGACACUGACACAGCAGCUUCAGGCAAAGGGAAAAGAACUAAAUGAAUUCCGGGAAAAGCACAACAUUCGUCUCAUGGGAGAAGAUGAGAAGCCAGCAGCCAAGGAAAACUCAGAAGGGGCUGGGGCUAAGGCCAGCUCAGCUGGAGUGUUGGUGUCCUAGGGACCAAGGCCUUUGCAUUUUUUUCUACCCUGACUCCCACUUCUAAUUUCUCUUUAUUGUUAUUAUUAUUAUUUUCUCUGCUAUUGUAAUAUUUUUUGUUAAUUAAAUGUUUUGGUCAGAAUCUUA